AGUGCCCCGGGCCGCUGCCAAAGGGGAAGUGAGCUAAGGCUGGAGCUAUGGCCCGGGUUUGGAGCCUGCGGCCGCCGCCGCAGCCAGCACGUCCAGAGAAGCCGCGGCCGGAGCAGGGGCCGGAGACGCGGCUGAACUGGCCGCGGCCCCUGUGAGUUGUGGAAGUCGCCGGUGGCGGAACAUUUGACACUUGGAGCACUUCAGGCUGGUGGAGCGGUGGUCACCCCUCAUCACUGCGCCCCCUCCAGGCCCUAGCAGUAGGGCUGGGAUUUCUCCAGGCUCCCGCUCCGCUCUCACCCGUCUCUUCAAACUCCGUACCGAAGCCACGCGAAGGUGAUCAACCCGAAACCCAGCGGGCGUCCUGGCCUGGGCGUUUUCUAGGCGCCCAGGCAGUGUCGGUGCUCUCUCCUGUCACCACCUCUUCAGUUACGGAUUAGCGAGUUCCCACUGCCUGCUCUGCAAAGUCUCCUCGCCUCUCCUCCCAUUCAAAAACAUUUUUAUUUUCCUUCUGCAUUGGGAAUCUUGUCCCAGAGAUCCAAAGUACCUUAGUUUUGUGUAUCUUUUCCCAGCUUCUGGAGCACUCCUAGAAAUAUUGGCUGCCUACACGACUAAGACUCUCGUGCUUGACUUAGUGGGUUGUUUUUGUUUUGUUUUCCUUUUGACAGGUAAUAGUUGUUUCAGGAAGUUAUCCAUUUGGAUCGCCAGUUCCUUGGCCAUCUCUAUGUAACUCCCCCUCCCCACCCCCCAUCCAUCUGAGCCCAAUUUCCUCUGGGCUCCAUUCUCCAGCCCUAACUAGAUCUGGUCAGUCCCACCUCUGGGUGGGAGUGAUCAGGGGGCUCUGGCCCAGGAUUUCCAACCCUGGAAGGCAGCUCCAAGUCAGCGAGAGAGUUGGGUUUUGGCUACGAACCUGGCAGCUCAGGAGUGGGCCCGCCACUCACCCCCCACAAAAAGAUGAAAAAGCGCAAAGAACUCAAUGCAUUGAUCGGCUUGGCUGGUGACAGUCGGAGAAAGAAGACCAAGCAAGGCUCAAGUAGCCAUCGCCUGCUUCGCACUGAACCUCCUGACUCAGACUCAGCGUCCAGCUCAGAGGAAGAGGAAUUUGGAGCAAUUGGAAAUCGCUCUCGUUUUGUCAAGGGAGACUAUGUCCGAUGCUGCAAGAUCUGCUAUCCCCUCUGUGCCUUUGUCAUCCUCGCAGCCUGUGUUGUGGCCUGCGUGGGCUUGGUGUGGAUGCAAAUGGCUCUCAAGGAGGAUCUGGAUGUCCUCAAGGAAAAAUUUCGAACAAUGGAGUCUAAUCAGAAAAGCUCAUUCCAGGAAAUCCCCAAACUUAAUGAAGAACUUCUCAGCAAAGAAAAGCAACUUGAGAAGAUUGAGUCUGGGGAGCUGGGCUUAAGCAGAGUCUGGACCAACAUCACAGAAAUGAAUAAGCAGAUUUCUCUGUUGAGUUCUGCAGUAAACCACCUAAAAGCCAAUGUCAAGUCAGCCGCAGACUUACUUAGCCUGCCUAGCACUGUAGAGGGACUUCAGAAGAGUGUCGCUUCCAUUGGCAAUACGUUGAACAGUGUCAGCCUUGCUGUAGAGGCAAUACAGAAGACCGUGGAUGAACACAAGGCCACCUUGGAGUUACUGCAGGGCAGUGUGGAGACCAAUGGAAGCAACCAAAUCAUGCCAUCGCCUCCGCCUCCAUCAGAACUUGACAACAGAACCCACAGUGAAAGUGCAAAACAGGAUAUCCUGUACCUGCACAACUCCUUAGAGGAGGUCAACAGUACUGUAGUGGGAUACCAGAGACAGAAUGACCUUAAACUCAAGGGGAUGAGCGAGACCCUCAGUAACCUGACACAGAGACUCGACCUGAUAGAAAGUGAUGUGGUUGCACUGAGCAAAGCAGAACAGAGAACAAACGUGAGCUCCAGCAUGAUGGGUAAUAGGGCUGCCAGUCUGAAAAGAGAGUCUUCGAUGACCAACAGAACUGAUGCUGUAAAGGCCCAAAGCAUAAAGAAAGAAGAUAAUUCAAAUUCUCAGGUAUCGGGGCUGCGAGAAAAACUGCAGCUGAUCAGUGCUCUCACAAACAAACCCGAAAGCAACAGGCCUCCAGAGACCACAGAUGAGGGCCACUUGGCUUUAGGUAAGGACAUACUAAUCAAUAUUAUUAGAUGCAUUAAUUAACAGCUACUGAUUUAGGACUAUAACAAGUAACUGUGAGGCUAUAACAAGAUACUAGUGAAUAUUGGCUUUGACCUCCCUGGCUCAAGCAUUCUUCAGCUUUGGAGAUGUAGAAUAGCUCCCCUCAGAUUCUCUCCUGUGAGAAACAGAACUAUGCUAAAGGUCUUCUAACACUGGCUGCAUCUUACUGUAUAGCAUUCUCAUGGAAUCGUGGCCCAUGCCCCAAGAUCAGACUUAAUUGCCUAUUUCCCAAGAAGGCAAAAGACUUAUCCAACUCAAGUCCUAGCAUCUGUCUGAAUCAGGGCUUCUAUUCCUGCACACAUCAUGACCAAGAAGCAAGCUGGGGAGGAAAGGGUUUAUUCAGCUGACACUGCCACAUUGCUGUUCAUCACCAAAGGAAGUCAGGAUGGGAACUCACACAGGGCAGGAGUUUGGAGGCAGGAGCUGAUGCAAAAGCCAUGGAGGGUGCUGCUUACUGCCUUGCUUCCCCUGGCUUGCUCAGCCUGCUUUCUUAUAGAACCCAAGACCACCAGUCCAAGGAUAGCACUACCUACAAUGUGCUAGGUCCUUCCCCCUUGAUCACCAGUUGAGAAAUGCCUCAUAGCUGGGUCUCAUGGAGGCAUUUUCUCAAGGGAGGCUCCUUUCUCUGUGAUAACUCCAGCUGGUGUCAAGUCAACACAUAAAACCAGCCAGUUCAGCAUCUAAGCAUAAAUGAUAAUCAAACAGGUAGAGCCUAAAGUGUGGCCAGUUUGGGUUUUUUUUUUGUAUUUUGUUUUGUUUGUUUGUUUGUUUUUGAAAUAUUUGCAAGUUAUCAUUGAAUUGCUAUUCAAAUCUAAAUAUAAAAAUUCAUUCAUGUUUCAUAUAUACAUUAUCCAUAUAUAUAUGGCCUGGUGUUAAUUUUAUUUAGUAUUUUUAGGUCACCUUUAUUUGACUACGACCCAUCACAUGAAGUCAUAGGUGGAAUUUUCCUCUGAAAGAUUUGAUUUGGGGCAUUUCAGAUUAGGUCUACUCACGCUGUACCAUGUUCUGCUUCAGACCUUAAUGUAGUCCUGACCCCUUUCACUCGUCCACACCCCUUCAAUCUGUACCUGAACAGUAUACUGCUUCUUUAACUCUCAGCAAUUUCUCUUAAAUUAAAUAUACCUGCUAUGGUACUAAAAGGUACCAUACUAAUUUAAUUUGGUUUGGAGUUGAUUGUAAUAAAGGUGUAUGUGUUUACUACAGAGCAAGUACAGAACUUCACAUCAGAUCCUUCAACAUUGCCAAAAUUCUCACAGUUUCUUGGAGACCAAACUGAGACCCAACUAAAACCUAUCUC